AUGGCCUCUACCAACUACAAAGAAGCGUUCUCGCUCUUCGACCGCCGCGGCACUGGCCGUGUCUCCGGGGACCUCCUCGGCGACCUGCUGCGCGCCUGUGGCCAGAAUCCCACUCUCGCUGAGAUCUCGGACCUCGAGAAGUCUGUUGGUGGUGACUUCGACUUCGAUGCCUUCCUGAAGGUCCUCAACCGCCCCGGUGGUUUCCGUGACCCCGGCGAGCCGGAGGAGUAUUGCCGUGGUUUCCAGGUGUUUGAUAAGGAUAUGACGGGUUUCAUUGGCGUUGGACAGCUGCGAUAUAUCCUCACCAACCUCGGCGAACGCAUGUCCGACGACGAAGUCGACGAACUUCUCAAGGCCGUCGAUACCUCCUCCGGCGAGAUCAACUACACCGACCUCGUGCGCACCGUCCUGGCCAACUGA